GGUGGGGAUUUGCUACUGCUCCCCGUUUUCAGCCUUCCCCCUGCUUCCAGACAGUGGUGACAGGACACAGAAAUCUGACACACAGGAGCUGGGGUCGGGGGAAAAUCUAGUUUGAUUCUCUCUACUCCCCAAAACAUUGCCAGAUGAGUCUGGCUUAAAAGCAACCUCAAGGUCAUUCCUAAAUAGAAAAGAUUUCAUCUGAGAGCAGCACGCAGCCUAGGAGAGGGUCUCCCUCACUGUGCUUCGGUGACUCUGUGUGGUUAACUGUUACCUCGAGAAUGACUGCUUAGCAACAGAGGACCCCCAAAGUGCAAAGACUGGGGUGAGCACCCCAAUACCCUGUGUUUUCAACCUUUCUGCAUCUGCCAAGCCCCAUGGCAUAGCUAGCCCAACCUAGGCGACUCAGCGAGAGCGAAGAAGGGCGCAGGGGCUGAGACCCAGGUCCCCUCUCCUUACUUCCCUGUCCAGUUCUAUCCUAUGCUUUGUGAGUUUACAGGGCUGAAGCCCCACUCAACCCUGAGGUAUCAUCACCCUCAUUCCAAUAUAAACCUCUAAUAGAAAGCCACUAAGAACUGACUCAGAACAGGACUUCAGUAAAUGAAUACUGGAUGAGUAAUUAAAUUGAACAGUUGAACAGACAAAGUAUCCAGGGGCCUGCAGGAGGAACCACGUGAAGAAGGACUGAAGGUCACAGGACUUGGAUUGCCCUGGCCCUGCCAGUGACCAUCUGUUAGACCUUGAACAAGUCACUUCCACUCCAACACCCUCAUCUGUAAGAACUCUCCGAGGGCAGCGUUUCUCUAAGUGUGGUCCACAGGAUCACAAGCAACUGGGAAUUUGUUUUCAGUGCAUGUUGCUGAGCCUCAAUUCUGGAUCUAUUAACUCUGCAGUUUCGGAAGAUGAGGGCUAGAAAUCUGCAUCUAACACAAUGAAGCACAGCCUUCAACUGGGGGCAUUUAAGACACAGAAUCCACAGGGAGCCAGCCACAGCUGCAGGACCCAGACAGACCUGGAUAGGCUCAGGCAGAAGCAGCACCCUUGAGAGCAGAGGCGGCAACAGCAGCAGCAGCAGCAGCACUACACCUGCCCCGCUGCCAGGAAACAAUGCUACUAGCCACGUUUAAGCUGUGUGCCGGGAGCUCCUACAGACACGUGCGCAACAUGAAGGGCCUCAGGCACCAAGCAGUGCUGGCCAUUGGCCAGGAGCUGAACUUGAGGGCACUGGGCAGCCCGGCCCCUAGUGCAUGGAUCAACCAGGUCCGGCGUCGGAGUUCUUUGCUUGGUUCGCGGCUGGAAGAGACUCUCCACAGCGACCAGGAGAUGGUCUAUAUUCGGCAGGGAGAGGAAGCCAUGCAGAAGGCCUUGGGGAUCCUCAGCAACCAGGAGGGCUGGAAGAAGGAGAACCAGCAGGCAAAUGGGGACACAGUGCUGAGUAAAGUGGUCCCGGAUGUGGGCAAGGUAUUUCGGCUGGAGGUGGUGGUAGACCAGCCCAUGGAGAGGCUCUACAAAGAGCUUGUGGACCGUAUGGAGGCAAUGGGAGAGUGGAACCCCAAUGUCAAGGAAAUCAAGGUUCUGCAGAAGAUUGGAAAAGAUACAGUCAUUACCCAUGAGUUGGCUGCAGAAUCUGCAGGAAACCUCGUGGGGCCCCGUGACUUUGUGAGUGUGCGAUGUGCCAAGCGCCGAGGCUCCACCUGCGUGUUGGCUGGCAUGGCCACACACUUUGGGGAGAUGCCUGAGCAGAAAGGAGUCAUCAGAGCUGAGCAUGGUCCCACUUGCAUGGUGCUUCAUCCCGUGGCUGGAAGUCCUUCAAAGACCAAACUCACUUGGCUACUCAGCAUUGACCUCAAGGGGUGGCUGCCAAAGACUAUCAUCAACCAGGUCCUAUCACAGACCCAGAUGGAUUUUGCCAAACAUCUGCGCCACCGCCUGGACUCCAGCCUAGCCUCUGAAGCCAGGUGUUAAAGACCAGCCUGCUGCUUCCAACUGUUCCUAGAUGCGUCGACAUGCAUGCUCAACAAAACUCCCUGCUAGAAGCCUGCAAGUCUGUUUAAGAUCCUCAUCUGGGGACAGUGGGAAGUGGGAUAGGGUUGCAGUGUUUAGAAUAUACUACUAGGACUCAGCUUGGUAAAAUACAAGCACCAAGAAAAUAUGGGUGAAGCUCCUGGAUAAAGAGGUAGAGCCUUCUCACUUCAUUCAUUGGUUAGCUGUGAAAUGAAGGCUAAGGCUCCCAAAACAUUUGUAAAAUUUCUUCUAGGCCCUUACUUGCCCACCUAAAAACAUUUUAAAAUGCUACUAGCCAGUGUGAGUGUGGGGAAUGCUAAGAACAGGGACUGGGACCUCAUGCUUUAUGGAUUCAAGAACAUUCCCUGCAGGCAGUGUGUUGGGGUAAAGCCGAACUUACAAAGGGGGCUCCAGUUGCUUGAGUGACUCCCUAUAGGAGGUACCUUCCAGAAAUCCAUUCCAAGGUUUUUCUAUGGAAAAAAUACGAAACUAAUUAGUAGACUGGUUCCCUACUUCUUCCAAGAGCACUAGUCAGAAUAAAGAAUCAUAACUAACACAAAAACAUCAGUCUGAACCUAUUUUAAAAUUCUACUCUUAAAAAAAAAAAUCUAGUAAAUUGCAACUUCAUACUAGAGAUUUCCUGGACAAAGAAAAAUCAAACCAAUUCCUCCAGCUCAUUAAAAGGAAAGAAACUACUGGAGGUUUGUGCCAUUCAAUUAUUUAGAAUCUGCUAUCAGAAUCUUUUAUUAAAAAUUUAAUUUCCAUGGUAAAUACAAGCCUAAAAUCGGUUCUUACAGAGGUCUACAACUAAUAGCUGAUUAAUGGGUACUGGAAGAUGAAGAUUAUGACUGAAGAUUUUUAUUUAUCUAAUUAAACGGAAGGAUAAUGCCAGACAUGAGAAAAAGAACAGUAUUUCUAAGAUAAACAAAAACAAACUUUAUUAUUUUCCCAUCAGUGAUUGUUUAGAUCUAAAAAGGGUACUGAAUCUUCAGCUCAGGGUCAAUUACAUCAGUUGUUAGAAUUUCUGCUAUUUAUGGUAUCAUUUAGUUCUGAGAAUGCCACAGCUGUCAGCUCAGCUUGGGGCUGCCAACUUUUCUGCUUUCAUAGGCUAAUAUUUCACUAUUUUGGGAGAGGACGUGCCUGGAGGGAGAAGGGAAUAUGGUGAUGGCAAAUUUCCUUUCCAGGAUUCAGAGAACUUCUGCUUUAAAAUAUAAAUACAGAAUACUUUGCUAAAAUUUAUAAGUAGGAUGAAGAAGCUUCUCCAUUCUAGUUCUAGUAACAUUGAUGAUUGCACCAUUUGGAAAUAGGGCUCUAGCUUAUUUAUUCAACAAUUAGCAAUAGCAGGAAUACAGGUAUUUAUUGAGGUACUGAAAUUUUACAAGUGAUAGAAAGUAUUUAUUAUUAUUUAUUCUGACUGUUUCUUAAUCUAUUUUGGCAUGGAUGAAAUUAUAGUUUAUCCAAGAGCUUCAGAGUGAGAAGAUAGUUGUAGAAGUAUUUCUAGAACAGAAUUACCAUCCCCUCCCAGCUAAAAGAAAAUGGUUACUUUUUAAAAGAUGUGUGAAGAAACAAACUCUGGUUUCAAAAGAAAACAGGCUGACGGUAAAGAAAUGGGCUUU